AGGUGUACCGGCUCCUACCGGCUCCUCCCUUCAGUCUUGCACAGGUGUACCUGCUCCUCCCUUCAGUCUUGCACAGGUGUACCGGCUCCUCCCCUUCAGUCUUGCACAGGUGUACCGGCUCCUCCCCUUCAGUCUUGCACAGGUGUACCGGCUCCUCCCCUUCAGUCUUGCACAGGUGUACCGGCUCCUCCCCUUCAGUCUUGCACAGGUGUACCGGCUCCUCCCCUUCAGUCUUGCACAGGUGUACCGGCUCCUCCCCUUCAGUCUAGCACAGGUGUACCGGCUCCUCCCCUUCAGUCUAGCACAGGUGUACCGGCUCCUCCCCUUCAGUCUAUGCACAGGUGUACCAGCUCCUCCCCUUCAGUCUUGCACAGGUGUACCGGCUCCUCCCCUUCAGUCUUGCACAGGUGUAACGGCUCCUCCCCUUCAGUCUUGCACAGGUGUACCGGCUCCUCCCCUUCAGUCUUGCACAGGUGUACCGGCUCCUCCCCCUUUCAGUCUUGCACAGGUGUACGGCUCCUCCCCUUCAGUCUUGCACAGGUGUACUGCUCCUCCCUUUCAGUCUUGCACAGGUGUACUGGCUCCUCCCUUUCAGUCUUGCACAGGUGUACUGGCUCCUCCCUUUCAGUC